AUGCGAGGUGACAGCGGUGGCGCUGGAUGCGAGGUGACAGCCGCCGCACGCUGGCGGGGUCAGAGCUGUGCCCACCCUCCCCCGAGCGCGGUGCCCACCCCGCGUUUCAUCAUCAUCAUCAUCAUCAUCCUCAGCCCGAUCCGGCCGCUCGGAGCCGACCCGCCGGGCCCGGCGUGCGGCUUUAAAUGCCAAAGUGAUGAGCCAGACCGUGCCCGGCCCGGUUUAAGCGGAUGCGAUGAGCUGCGUGUGUUUGUCGCGCAGAUCCGGGAGCCGCGCUCCGAGCCGCCCCCCGCUCCCCCCCGCGCCGCCGCGAUGCUGCCUCGCUGGGCAAAGCAUCCCCCCGGAGCUUCCCCCCGAGCCCUGGCGAGGCUGCGGGAGCCGGGCAGAGCCAGCGAGCCCGGGGACCACCGGCUGCCAGCGCUGCUCGUGGGUGGCGACGAUGGGUGGAUGAAUCGGCAAAGAGAACCGCGUUCCCUCAACCUCCCGCUGCUCGGAGAGGGGCUGGCCAGGAUCUACCGCGGCAUUCUGGCCGUCGUGGGAGCCCUGCGCCCGGCCAAGGAGCCGCCCGCAGCCCCCGCGGAGCGGAGCGCUGCCCCCUCCAUCCCCCCGGAGCCGCUGCCCGGCCGCCGUGGGAGCCGCGCUGCGCCCGCGGAUCCCGACAGGACGAGCUCGCACAUGAUCUCCGCCGACGAUGCCGAGUACCCGCGGGAGUACCGCACCCUGGGCAACGGCACCCGCCGCUUCUCCAACGUGGGGCUGGUGCACACCUCGGAGCGCCGGCACACCGUGAUCGCCGCGCAGAGCCUGGAGGCGCUCACCGGCCUCCAGAAGAGCGAGAUGGAGCGCAAGAGGGACGCCUUCAUGGACCACCUGAAGAGCAAAUACCCGCAGCACGCCCUGGCGCUGCGCGGGCAGCAGGAGCGCCUGCGGGACCAGCAACCCAACUACUGGAGCUUUAAGACCAGGAGCUCCCGGCACUCCCAGGGCUCCCAGCCUGGCCUGGCCGACCAAGCCAAGCUCUCCUUCGCCUCGGCUGAAUCCCUGGAGACGAUGUCGGAGGCGGAGCUGCCGCUGGGAUUCAACAGGAUGAACCGGUUCCGGCAGAGCCUGCCGCUGUCCCGCUCCGCCAGCCAGACCAAGCUGCGCUCCCCAGGGGUGCUGUUCCUGCAGUUCGGGGACGAGACCAGGCGGGUGCACAUCACGCACGAGAUCAGCAGCAUGGACACCCUGCACGCCCUCAUCGUCCACAUGUUCCCGCAGAAGCUCACCAUGGGCAUGCUCAAAUCCCCCAACACCGCCAUCCUCAUCAAGGAUGAGUCCCGAAACGUCUUCUACGAGCUGGAGGAUGUCCGGGACAUCCAGGACAGGAGCAUCAUUAAAAUCUACCGGAAAGAGCCGCUCUACGCCUCGUUCCCAGCCUCGCACAUCACCAACGGCGACCUGAGGCGGGAGAUGGUCUACACUUCCCGGGAAUCCUCUCCCACCCGCCGGCUCAACAACAUCUCCCCGGCCUCCCACCUGGCCUCCGGUUCCCCCCCUCCCGUGCUGCAGUCCUCGUCGCCGUCCCGCUCCCGCAUGUCCUACAGCGGCGGUCGCCCGCCCUCGUACGCCGGUAGCCCGGUGCACCACGGCGAGCGCCUGUCCAGCCUCCCCCCGGCCCCGGGCGUGUCCCCCAGCCCCAGCGCCAUCCUGGAGCGCCGAGACGUGAAGCCGGACGAGGACCUGGCGGGCAAGAACGUGGUGCUGGUGAAGAACGAGGGGCUGUACGCCGAUCCUUACGGGAUGGUGCACGAAGGGCGGCUCAGCAUCACCUCCACGCAGUCGCUGGCGGGCAUGGGGGACCCGUUCGGCUACUCCGGGGGGCUCUACAAGCGGGGUUCGGUGCGGUCACUCAGCACCUACUCGGCGGCCGCGCUGCAGACGGAGCUGGAGGACAGUUUGUACAAGCCCAACGCGCCCAUCUACAGCGACACGUACGGCCCCGGGCUGGGAUUCCGAAUGCCGCCCUCGUCCCCGCAGAAGAUGGUGGAGCCCGGGCAGAGCCCGCACAGCCCUUACUCGGGCCCGCCGAGCCGCUCCUCGCCCGUGCGGCAGUCCUUCCGCAAGGAUUCCUGCUCCUCCGUCUUCAUGGACGGCCCCGUGGGCAAAGCGCGCAACCCCAGCUCGUCCGGGCCCCCCGAGCUGUUCCCCGGCCCCGGAGAGCGGCCGCUCUCGGGCUUCGGAUCGCCCGGACCGGCCAAGGACACGGAGACCAGGGAGCGGAUGGAAGCCAUGGAGAAGCAGAUCGCCAGCCUGACCGGGCUGGUGCAGAGCGCGCUGCUCCGCGGCUCCGAGGCCGAGACCCCCAGCGAGAAGACCGAAGCCACCAACGGCGGGACCCCCCCGUCAGCGUCCACGAGCCGCAGCGGGAUGGGGACCCCGGUGCCAGCGCCACCGCCGCCCUCGGCCAGCAGCACCCCCGCGGGACAGCCCACGGCCGUCACCCGGCUGCACAUGCAGCUGCACCUGCACGACCUGCAGCAGAACGCCAGCGAGCUCCGCAACCAGCUGCAGCAGCUGCGGAAACUGCAGCUGCAGAACCAGGAGACGGUGAAGACGCUGCUGCGGCGGACGGAGACGGAGAUCAGCGUGCGGGUGACGGACACGAUGCGCAAGCACGAGGACCCUCUGCAGCGCCAGCGCACCUUGGUGGAGGAGGAGAGGCUCCGCUACCUCAACGAGGAGGAGCUGAUCACACAGCAGCUCAAUGACCUGGAGAAGUCCGUGGAGAAGAUCCAGAAGGAUCUGGCGCACAACCACCGGCUGAUCCCAGUGCAGGAGCUGGAGGAAAAGGCCGUGGUGCUCAAGCAGCUGGGGGAGACCCUGACGGACCUGAAAGCCCAGUUCCCCGGCCUGCAGAGCAAGAUGCGGGUGGUGCUGCGGGUGGAGGUGGAGGCCGUCAAGUUCCUCAAGGAGGAGCCCAACCGCCUGGACGGGCUCCUCAAGCGCUGCAAGACCGUCACCGACACCCUGGCCCAGAUCCGCAGGCAAGUGGAGGAGGGCGUGUGGAGCUCCCCGAGCAGCCUGAGCCAGUCGCCCAAGAAGGUGGCCCCGGAGACGGAUUUCAGCAAAGGGCUGGAGCUGGAGAUGCCCACCAGCCCUCCUGUGAGCCUGCACCACCUGACGGCCGCCCCCGACCCCCUGGGGGUGCCCGGCUUCGGGCACAGCCCCCCGCAGCCCCAGAGCCACCCCGGCAAGAGCAAUAACCCCUCCCGAGCCCCGGAGAUGGUGCCCGCCAAGACCCAAACGGGGCCCGAGACCCCCAGCAAGAAAAGCGUGGACAAAGCGGUGUCGGUGGAGGCGGCCGAGCGCGACUGGGAGGAGAAGCGGGCGGCGCUCACCCAGUACAGCGCCAAGGACAUCAACCGGCUCCUGGAGGAGACCCAGGCCGAGCUCAUGAAGGCCAUCCCCGACCUGGAAUUCGCCGCCAAGCACAAACAAACCCCGGGCAGCGGCAGCGCUGCCUCCACGCCCGAGCACAAACCCUCCAAGGCACAGCACGCCCCCAAAUCGGGGGGCAAAGGGGACCCCAACGGCCGCCGGGGCUCAGACGAGCUGACGGUGCCGCGGUACCGCACCGAGAAACCCUCCAAGUCCCCGCCGCCUCCGCCGCCCCGCCGGAGCUUCCCCUCCUCGCACGGGCUGACCACGACCCGCAGCGGCGAGGUCAUUGUCACCAGCAAGAAGGAGCCCGGCUUUAUGAAGAAGGCGGAGUCGGAGGAGCUGGAGCCGCAGAAGCCGCAGGUGAAGCUGAGGCGGACGGUGUCCGAGGUGGUCCGGCCCGCCUCCACCCCGCCCAUCAUCGCCUCGGCCAUCAAGGACGAUGAUGAUGAGGAUCGGAUCAUCGCGGAGCUGGAGAGCGGUGGCGUCUCCAUCCCGGCCAUGAAGGUGGUGAACCCGGCGUCGCGGCUGAAGCAGGGCCAGCAGGGCAGCCCCGACAAGGGCAAGCACAUCAAGCAGCGCAUGGAGUACAUGCGGAUCCAGGGCCAGCAGCAGGCCACUAGACCAUCUAAAGAGGCCAGCGAGACCUCCCCCACGGUCUCAGAAAAACCCGCAGCUGGCAGAACAUCCAUCCCCGUAUUGACUUCCUUUGGGGCCAGGAACUCCUCCAUCUCAUUCUGA